AUGGCUAAUAUCACUCUGAGUGGGUUUUUUCUGAUGGGAUUUUCUGCCAAACCUGAGGUAGAGAUCUUACUUGCUUCUCUGUUCUUAGUCUUAUACAUGGUGGCAUUAACCGGCAAUAUCCUCAUUAUCAUCGCAACUUCCAUGGACAAUAGUCUCCACUCACCCAUGUAUUUCUUCUUAAAACAUCUCUCCUUUCUGGACCUGUGCUACAUUUCUGUCACUGUGCCAAGGUCCAUUUAUAACUCUUUUGUGCAUGGUGGCUACAUUUCCCUUGGGGAAUGCAUAGUGCAGUGCUUUGCUUUCAUUCUCUGUGGUUCUGCUGAGAUAUCCAUGCUCACAGUGAUGUCCUAUGACCGCUAUGUGGCCAUCUGCUUUCCACUGCGCUACGAAAUCAUUAUGGAUGUCAGCAGAUGUGUUCAAGGACUCUUAGGCGUCUGGAUCAGUGGGGUCAUUUCUGGAGCCAUGCAUGCAGCUGCCACUUUCUCCAUGAACUUCUGUGGUUCCCAGAUUCACCAGUUCUUCUGUGACAUCCCUCAGAUCCUGAAACUCUCUUGUUCUAAUGAGUAUAUCAAUGAUAUUGGAGUCACUGUCUUCGCAGCAAUUAUGGCCUUUCUUUGUGUCACCUUUAUUGGUAUGUCCUACAUCCAGAUAUUCUCUACUGUUCUCAGGAUGCCAUCUGCUGAGGGCAGAGCUAAGGCCUUUUCCACUUGCCUUCCCCAUCUUGCCGUGAUCAUAUUAUUCAUUUCAACAGUCUCUUUUGAGUUUCUCAAGCCACCCUCUGACUCUCCAAGUGCACUGGACAUUUUUCUCACUAUUAUGUAUACAGUUGUUCCCCCAACACUUAAUCCAAUGAUCUAUAGCCUGAGAAAUAAAGCCAUAAAUGUCGUACUAAGAAAGGUAUUCCGAAGAAGAAAAGCUAACCUCUUUUGUUGA